AUGGGUUUGAUAUCAUCAGCGAAAGAGACGAAGAACACUAACAGAGGAAUGGGUUUCCUCUUGGUCUUCUUCCCUGACCACAACGACGUCGUCUCUCCUUCUUCUUCUUCAUCUCCGGCGACUCUCUUCCGCUCAAAACCUUCCCGUCUUCUCCUCUCCAAAGCACAAUCCACAAUCUCAAUAUGCAUCCUCCUCCUCUUCCUCACACUCUUCCUCUUCACUCUCUCCACCUUCGAACCUUCCUCUGUCGUCUCUCCCGGUUCACACCGUCGCUUUCUCCUCACUCGCACCGUCUCCGUCGCCAAACCUCGACGUUACGCUCUUCAGGGGAUGGGUACUCUGUUCCUGAGAGGAACCAAGAGCAUGCACGGUCUCAUCGUUGCUCAUAUCGCUUCCCAUACGACGUCGGAAGAUCUCCGCCUCUUCAUGCGGUUGCUACACCGCUCAGGAGUCACUUCCCGAUCCGACGUCGUUCUACUCUUCAACUCUCCUUCCUCCGCAACUAGAUUCACCAACCUGAUCGAGGAAGAGAACGACUCGUUCUUGAAACUCGUCGACGUUCACCGAAACGCAAACUCGUCGACCCAAAACGACUCCGUUUUAGGGUUUAACCUGUCUCGUUUCAUGAAGAAGGAAUCUAUGAAGGAUAUCUCUGAGCCUAUCUGGGGUAAGAAGAGCCACCGAGUCAACGAUUCCGCAUUGAACGAGACCGAGUCAACCGAGUUGACUCACGGCUCCGUCGUGGGUUUCGACGCGACCGAGUUAGACCCAGAGAACUCGCUCUCCGGGUUUAUCGAUCACGUGCCGAUGAGCUUGAGGAGAUGGGCGUGUUACCCGAUGCUGCUCGGACGAGUCAGACGCAACUUCAAGCACGUGAUGCUCGUUGACGCAAAGACCUCGUUAUUCGUCGGUGACCCGUUAACCCGGAUUCGUAACCGGAGCCCCGAGUCAGUUCUCUUCUUCUCUAAACACAGUAACAAUAAAGGUUCCGACAUUAACCCGGCGGUUUUGAUCGGUGGAGCGAAAGGAGUCAGGAGGUUAUCGAGCGCCAUGCAUACUGAGAUCGUGAGGGCGACAAUGCAGCAGCAACAUAAGAGAAAGAGUUUGGUGUCGGAAUCUGUCGUGCUGGGUCAACUCGUUGGGAAUGUUCAUAUGACGAAGGGCUUUGAAGUGAUUGGUCCGAGUGAGUCGAUUGCGGAAGCGAGUUCGGUGGCUGAGUUGAGGACGAGAAACUCGGCGGCGUCGUCGAUUAAGAGUCAUGAUAUCAUACAACGUGGUAAUAGUAAUCAUCUCCACAUUAUUGCGAUUAUUAUGAAACGUAUUUGUUCCUCUGAGUUAGAUUUUUCUGUCUAUAGUUACUGUUAGCAUUAUUAUUAUUUUUGGAAAUAAAAAGAGUGAAAAAAUAAAAAUAAACAAUAGGGAUAUUUUGUUGUUUUGUUUUAGAGUUAUUCUUAUGAUAAUGUUAUUUUAUAUUUGAU